CUUCAUUCACUUUCUGCCUGCAAAAUGUCUAAAUAAGUGACAUACGUCAUUAAAAGUCUCAGUAAUUCCAUUGAUGCAUAAACAUAAACAAUUUCCAGAAUAUAUAUAAAAAAGUUAAGUUUCAGAAGUGGUAAAUACUAGCAAGGAUAGGUGAGGAUAUACAAAUAGCUUCGUCAAUUAGGCUGGAACAAAUCUAAUUUUCUUCUUUUGUCUUGGUCAACUCAUCGGAUUUAUUAAGAAAUAUUAUGGGGAACUCUAAUUACACCUUCAAUUUUUUUAAAUUUCUUUAACAUUUUAUUUGUGCCCCCAACAAAAUGUUGAAUUCCGACCAAAAUUUUCCGAGGGGGCGGUGACAUAAGAGAAAAUCGAAAUUUGUGUCAGCCUAGGAGGUUUACAAACAUACUGGGCUCAUUAAAAAAAAUCAAUUAUUAUUCAUUAAUAAAGGUUUUCCGCCACCGGGCUGAUUUCUAACCUUAAGGUAACAGAAAGAAUUCUAAUUUCCAUCCUUGCAGUUCAGAAUCUUCAAAUGGACAUCAAGAAUCAUCCAUCGGCUUCAACAAGCAAGGCAAUGCGCCAAAACCGUCCACAAGAAGACCAGAGCACCGAUUCGGUUUGUCGCGUCUGUAUGGGCUGGGCGUCCGAUUCGGACCUGAUGGUUGGAAUAUUCGAUGAACAGGUAUGCUCAAUGAUCCUCGCCGAAGUGUUGACCCUGGUUGGAGCAGUGGAGCUGCCGACGGAAGACGACCGAUUGCCCAAGUGGUGUUGCAAAGGGUGCCUGAAGGCAAUGGAAAGUGCUUACAAACUGCGAAUAUUGUGCCAGGAAUCGGACCGGAAGCUACGACAUGCGGCCUUGGCGGAUGGAACGGCCGUUGUGGUGAAAGAGGAAGUCGAUGAAGAUAUGCUCAAUCUGAUGGAUCACGAGGGGAUGCUGGGUGUCGAGGAAGCAGUUGUGGUGAAAGAGGAAGUAGUUGAAGAUUUGUUCAAUCUGGUGGAUCAAGAUGGGAUGCUGAAUGUCGAGGAAGGUGUUGUCUCGGAAAGCUUACAAUUGCCCAAGCUGGAGAUCGUGGACUGUAUAGAGGAAGAUGAGAUUCAGCAGAUGGGAGAUGACGUAGGUGAAGCAGAUGGUAUGAAAGAGGAUGAUGGCUGCGCAGACUCAGAUGAGGUAGAUGAAGAUCAGGUUGAGAAAAUGUCUAUAGCAGUAAAUAAGCCAAACCGCCGAAAGAAGCCUUUGAAUCCAAAUGUAUACGAUGAAGUGGAAGCCGUAGGUUUUAAAUGUUGUGGCUGCAGCUACAUAUUCAACACUUCAGAGGAACUGAAAACUCAUUCGAAGGAAGUCCACGCCGACAAGAAACUGUCAAUACAGGAAUUGAAACAUAACAAGCAGUGUGAUAUUUGUUACAAGGUGAUGGCUAAUAACGUAUAUGUACGGAUCCACCAACAAAAAGACAAACUUAACUAUCGAUGUAAGGUUUGUGGGGAUCUGUUUUGGAGUCGGAAGAAGGUGUGCCUUCAUUAUGAUCGGGUUCACGAUCCAAACCCAGAGGGUCCUUUGAAAGUUUGCUGUGCAUGUCGGGAGGAAUUUGAAACCGGAGAACAGCUUAAAGAACAUAGUGUGGCAGUACAUCUGCCGGAGAAGCCAGCACCGGAUCCCACCCGACCAUACGCCUGCAAUGUUUGCUAUCGCAGCUUCAAAUCCAAGACGCUGCUGCACGCCCAUGAAUUCCGAAAGCUCAAGGAUGCCAAGAAACACGUGUGCAUCCAGUGUGGAAUGGCGUUCCGAUAUCCUGGAGAGUUGAAAGAUCAUGAAAUGACACACACCACAGGUGAGAAGGUGUUCCAGUGUCCAAAAUGUCCCAAAGCUUACAGCAAUAGGAAUGCUUACAGGAAGCAUGUGGCCAGCCACGAAGUGCCAGCGGACAAGUACAAAUGCGAAAUUUGCGGAGUUACACUCAAAUCACUCCAUGGAUUGAGACGGCACACGGUACAACAUACCGGAGAACUUCCGCACAGGUGUCCUCAUUGUCCAGCCACUUUCGCUGUGCAUGCUGGGCUAAAUGGCCAUUUGUUUACGCACACCGAUAAAAAGACUCUAGAAUGCCCAAUUUGCAGUAAGCAGUUCAAGCGGCCUGAGGAAGUCAGAAAACACCUCAAAAAUAUUCAUCACAAGCAAAAACCCUUCGCCUGCUUUUUCUGUCCCAAAGAAUACGCACGGAAAGACCGUCGCAAACAACACAUGCUCAAAGCUCAUCCCAAGAAACUACAAAGCAAUCCGCUUCCUCCAAUCGAGCUAUUCGGUAACCCGUGGUCGAUGCGACAAAGAACCGAAGAAGCCAUUUUACGAGAGCAGGGCAUGGUGGAAUAAAGCAUCGAAAGCUUCAUA